AUGGUCACCAUCGCUGCGGAAGCUUCUCGGUUGGCGUUACGUGUGCGUGGGUCGGUUCCGCUGCUCGCCGUUCAUCGGCGCGCUCCGUUCGAUCGUGGUGGCACCCCGCGACUGCGCCGUGGAAGGCGCCGAAGGAAGAGAAGACGUCUUGGAGUGUGGAGAAAUGUGAAGAAGCAGCUGUCGGUGCUGGGACAGCAAACGAGACCGUGGCUGGCUGCGGUGACGGGUGGCUCUGGACGCGUCGGCCGGCGCGGGUGGCCCUUCUGCGUCGGUCAGGCGAAGCGAGCAGGGGAGAGUCGCACGGUUCGUGGCUGCUGUUACAAACGUGUUGAUGAUUGGCCCUUGAUGCAGUCUCCAUUUCCAACACUGACUAUAAGCACUAUUUAUCUCCUCACUGUCUGGCUGGGCCCCAAAUGGAUGAAGACCAGAGAGCCCUUCCAGUUACGUUUCCUGUUGGUUGUUUACAACUUUGGGAUGGUUCUACUCAACUUCUUCAUUUUCAAAGAGCUGUUUUUGUCAUCAAGAGCUCGAGGGUACAGCUAUGUCUGCCAGACAGUGGAUUAUUCAGAUAAUGUUUAUGAAGUUAGGAUAGCUGCUGCUUUGUGGUGGUAUUAUGUCUCUAAAGGAAUUGAGUACUUGGAUACAGUAUUCUUCAUCCUGAGGAAGAAAUUUAACCAAAUUAGUUUCCUUCAUGUCUAUCACCAUUUCACCAUGUUCACCUUGUGGUGGAUUGGUAUUAAGUGGGUUGCAGGUGGACAAGCUUUUUUUGGAGCUCAGAUGAAUGCAUUUAUUCAUGUCAUUAUGUACAUGUAUUACGGAUUAGCUGCCUGUGGCCCUAAAUUUCAGAAAUACCUGUGGUGGAAACGGUACUUGACCAUAUUGCAAUUGGUGCAGUUCCAUGUGACUAUUGGCCACACAGCCUUGUCUAUUUAUAUUGAUUGUCCUUUCCCUAAAUGGAUGCACUGGGGUGUAAUUUUCUAUGCUGUCACCUUCAUUUUCUUGUUUGGUAACUUCUACUAUCGGACAUAUAAGCUGCCCAAGGAACCCUUAAAGAAUGGCAAAGUAGCAAAUGGUGCUGUUGCAAAUGGAGUAAGCAAACCAGAAAAGAACGCAGUGGUGGAAAAUGGAAAGAAGCAGAAAAAGGGAAAAGCAAAAGGAGAGUAACUUGAUCCAGGCCUUAACCAUUGUUGGCAGUGAGGAACCUCGAGUUUGGUUUAUAAAACGAAGAAAAAACCACUCUCUGUACCAAUUAACCUUAGGUUGCUGAAGAGCUAGAACACAGGUAUUUUCAUUAUUUAUGAAGAUUGUUUUAAGAACAACACUAAAGUUGAAUUUCUAUUGUAAUUAUGUAAUUGUCAUGCAUAUGGUCGCUGUGUAAACUUGUAGACUGCUGGUGUUGGUGAAUGUAAGGAAGAAUUGCAGUUGACUCCAUGUUUAGCAGUCAAAAAGUUAAUACUGCCAUUGAUACAGGCAGUUUUGUUGGCACCCUCAUUUCUUUGGGGGGGGGAGGGGAAGGAAGUAGUGUUUGGAUACUUGUGUUUUCUUUCCAGAAAAUUAUUAAAUUUCAAAUUAUGAUGUCUUAUCUAAUCAGAAUGUGCAACUUUUCUUGUCCUCCAUGGAGAAUAUCUUCACACACAUUAUGUUUGUGCUGUCAGAACAGUGUUUGACUUUUCAGACAUUACUUGAUUUAACUGUCAUUUACAGGUUUGUUUUUUUUUUCUUGUGUGGAAAUAUACCUACCUCUUCAUCUGCUGGAAAGAAUAUUGAGCAUUAAAUAACUGGUUUCUGAAA